AUGCAGAGCCAGCAGCAACCGGCCCAGCUGCGUCGACGCCGCAGACCCGCCCUGGCCUGCCGGGAAUGUCGUCGUCGAAAGAUCAAGUGUGACCAUAAAAUUCCAUGCGCACAAUGUCAGCGUCAUGGAACCUCUUGUAUCUAUACAGCUUAUAGCUUCUCGUCACAUGGCUCCCCAGUUAGCUCUUCACCUAAUACCAAUGCGAGUCCACCACCACCACCAGCACCACCACUGACCCCCCAUCCGCCUCCAACAACAACGACAACAACAACAACUAACGCUCCCGGGAAGGCCCUUCAGCUUCCUGGUCAACAUUGUUUCAGAAUCGGAGCUUCUGCGUCUCUAUCAGCUGCAGCACCUGCAGUACCUUCAGCACCUGAUGCUCAUGCUAGGUCAGCCUCUUCCUCAACUGAUGGACCUACAUUGCAUGAGCUUGUGCACCGCGUGCAGAAGCUCGAAGAACUCGUCGUCACAGGAACCCGUCUCACCAAUAGUCCAACUCUUCAUGUCCCGUCAGACUCUGGUAUAGGGACCUCCCGCUCCCAUCCAUCUCCUGCAGGGACACAGGAAUGGCAGUCCGUCCUCAACAAAUCUAGGGAUUGGGGGCGAAGUCGUUGGAUGGGCGCCGCCGACGAGUUCAAGGCGAUCAUUGCGUGUUAUAGUGAGAUUAUGAGCAAGCCAGUAGAUAUCACGCAAAUAUCAUUUCCCAGUUCCGAAGCCUCAAUCUUGGUCUCCCAGGCGGGGGAUUUUUUGCGCAGAUGCAAAAAUCGGGCAAGGAGCAUUAAGAUUGGUCGCCCUUCUCGAGGCGUUCUGCCUGCAGGACUUGCGUCGGUAUCUCCUGCUCGCGAGACGGCAGAUGCCAUGGUCGAGCUAUAUCUCUCCACCUUUGAAUCAACGUACCGAAUACUCCAUAUUCCCACUUUCCGGGCAGAAUACCGCAGUUAUUGGGAUGAACCGGAAGGUAUUACACCAACUUUACGCCUGAAAGUUCUCCUGGUCAUUGGCAUAGGCUCAACUCUGUAUGACCAUGGAGACAGAGCCGCGGCCCUCCACAAUAUGGGCCGCGUACAAAAUUGGAUAUAUGCAGCUCAGGCCUGGCUUGCCGGGCCCCUCGAGAAAGAUAGAUUGGACAUUCCAGGGUUGCAAAUAUCUUGUUUGACAAUUCUUGCACGCCAACUGUUUUCCAUCGGAGGAGAUACGAUCUGGAUCUCGAUGGGAUCUAUGGUUCACACUGCCAUGCAGAUAGGACUACACCGUGACCCGAAACAUCUCCCGACGAAGUCAGUGCUAGAUUCCGAACUGCGACGUCGGUUGUGGUACACCAUUCUCGAGUUUGUUGUUCAGGCAUCCCUCGACUCGUGGAUGCCUCCACGAAUCUCGUUUGAUGAUUUCGAUACUGAGCAACCUUCCAAUUUCAAUGACGAUCAGCUGAGCGAGUCGGCGGCUCAACCCCUACCGCGAGAAAGAGUUACGGAGACCUCAAUUCAGCUAGCCUUAAUCCGGUCGCUGCCCAUCCGUCUUCGGAUUGUCAAUCUUCUGAGUGGUCUUCACUCCGAGAAAUCCUAUGAGCAAGUACUAGCACUCAGUUCGGAAUUGACAGACGCACUUCAAGGAUGUAAUCACCAGUCCUUAGCAGCUUUUCAUCGGAAUCUCCUAGACUAUCUCGCCCGUCGAUUCAUGAUCCCGUUGCAUUACUACUUCAGCAACCAGGCGCGCAGUAACCCGCUCUUCCACUACUCACUAAAGCUCAGUCUUGAUGCGGCACUCGCGCUUGUCUCUCCAGAGCCAGAUCCACUCUUCGCACGGCUGAUGGUGACGGGUGGAGGGCCUUUCCGAGAGGGGAUACGAUGUGCUACCUCGGCGAUUAGCCUCGAACUUCUCGCGCACGCGGAAACCCAGCGUCUAAAUAGUACGCUCUAUCGGACUCGCCAGUACCGGGAGUUUCUCAAGCAAGUGGUGCGGGAUCUGAUCGCUUUGUCCGAAGAUCGGAUUCGUCAAGGAGAAACAAAUGUCAAGAAUCACAUGUUCCUCUGCAUGACUCUUGCCCAGGUCGAAGCUGUUGAAAGAGGCAAGGCAGUAGAGAUAGAGGUGGCGCGGGCGGCCAGGGACAGUCUGGAGCUUUGCAACACUAUGCUACAAACUAGAGAGCAUGGCGACUCAGUAUCAUCACCAGAUUUUACCGCUGUUACGGCGAUGGAGUUCGACGGCACCCAGGGACUGGAGUUGGGGCCUGAUUUUGAUUGGGAGUCUUUUUUUCCAGACGUUGCCUCAAAUCAGUGGAUUGGAUGA